AGGUCUAUAUUUCAGGCCUUUGGUCAGAAUCACACAUUCCUGGAUAGAUUAGGUGAUUUCUGGUGUUUUCCUGAUCCACUGCAGCUACUUUCUGCUCCUGCUGACUUGGUUAGUAUAGGGUUAAGUUUCUUCUUCCAGCGUUUAUCCCUCAUAAUGGGAUGUGGCUCCGAGUCGCUCUGCUGGUUUAAGCUGCAGCAGGUCAACAUAUUGAGCGCAGGAGGCGGUGCGCCAUGGGCUGAGCCUAUUUGCAGGGAAAUGAGCUGAGGACUGGGAGCUGCUCAGUUGUCGUGAUUUCUCCCGAUCAGGAGCCGGCGGGCCUCAGACAGACAUGGCGACACGUGGAAAUGUGCGUCCGGCAGGUCAUCGGGGUGGAUUAGCCUAAGCAAAGCAGGUCUGAUCCAUUUUUUUAUUUUCCCACUCCUCGGAACCUUGCGAUGCGCUCUGUAAAGGAAGCGGGUUUCACACACAUCCGGAAAACGCAUCCAUGCGCCACGGCCGCCCCGCAUCCAGAUAUGCUCCUGGCAACACAAAGCCUGGCUUCAGUUAGCUCCACUACAGAACCGCACGGCAUGGGUGCGUCCGCCCGGUCUGUGCGCUUGAUUUUGCGGAUGAACCUUCUGAGUGCCGUUAUGCAAUGAGACAGUCGGGGAUGAUCAAAUAAGACUAUUGAUACAUGAUCUGACAAUAUGGCUGAUCAGAGCAACAUUCAGUCUGCCGCCUCUAAAAGCAUCCGGCCCUUUAAAUCCAGCGAAGAAUACCUGUAUGCCAUGAAGGAGGACCUGGCUGAAUGGCUGAAGACCCUCUAUGACCUGGAUGUCACUGCGGAUAACUUCAUGGAUGCUUUAGGGACGGGCUGCGCCCUGUGUCGGCACGCCAACAACGUGAACCGCGCCGCGCAGGAAUUCCAGUCGGAGUACCCGGAGGCUGCCAGGUCCAUGAAGGUCCCAUCCAAAGAUGUGGUGUUCCAGUCCAGGAACGUCAUCCCCGGCUCCUUCCUGGCUCGGGAUAACGUGUCCAACUUCAUUACAUGGUGCAGGCAGGAGCUGUGGAUCAAGGAUGUCCUCAUGUUUGAGACUAACGACCUGGUGGAGAGAUGCAACGAGAAGAAUUUCAUCCUGUGUCUAUUGGAGGUGGCGCGGCGGGGGUCCAAGUUUGGCAUGCUGGCCCCCAUGCUGAUCCAGCUGGAGGAGGAGAUCGAAGAGGAGAUCCGGGAUGAGGAGAGCCUUAGGGUGGAUGGAGGAGAGCCAGCUGAGGAAAGCUCACCCAGCAGGUGUUACAGCCGCAGGGAGAGCUGUCAAAGUGUGCAGGAUGAAAAAGAACCGGAUCCAGAGCCCUACGUCUGGCCACAGAAGAGGGUUUUAUGUGACAUGAGAAAUUUGGAUGAGCUGGUACGUGAGAUCCUUGGCCAGUGUUCCUGCCCAGCUCAGUUUCCUAUGAUUAAAGUGUCCGAGGGGAAGUAUAAAGUAGGAGACUCCAGUGCGCUGAUCUUCAUCAGGGUCCUUCGGACUCAUGUGAUGGUGCGGGUCGGAGGGGGCUGGGACACAUUGGAACACUAUUUGGACAAGCAUGAUCCAUGUCGCUGUGCUGCAUUCGCUCACCGCUACCACCAGGCUAAAGCAAGUGGCCAAUGUCCGGGAGCCCAGAGCAAGUCGUCUAGCGCUCACUCAUCCCGCUCCACCAGCCCUGGGCCACACUGGAGGAAUGAGGGCAUUUCUACUUAUAAACCCACUGACAGGCGCUCCUUGGAGCCUGCUCAGAGCGCCGCCUCCUCCUCAUCUUCUUCAUCCACACGCGCUGGUAGAUCCCAAAACUCCUCUGUCCGUACAGAGGUGGACACUGCUGGACCUCGAUCUCUGCUCCCUAAGCUGCCAAGAGAUCGCUCAGAACCGCGACACUUUAAUCCUCUCAGGAAUAAAGAAACUAUGACAAGACGUCUCUCAGGAGACAGUGACUCUUCUACUGCCUCCUCCAAAGGAGGAGGAGGAGGGCGGCAGUCACUUGGUGGACCUUCACGGCGCUCCGGUGAACAGGUGGUACUGCUUGUUAACCGUAAGGAAGGGAAGCAUAUGAUUGAGAGGGCAGGCGCAGGAAAUGAAACCCCGGCCAAACGUUCAUCAACGCCCCGUGCACGCAGCCAGUCACGGGAGCGUUCUUCACUUCCACCAACACUAAAACCCAACCCACCAAUGGGGUCCUCAGAUGGUACACGGGCGUCUCGCACAGACAGAGGGCGCUCUUGUGGAAAUGAAGGCCAGAGAAGGCUCCAUGUUCCUCGUUCUCAUAGCCAGAGUAAGUUAACCUGCAGCUCUUUGUCGACUGAAGGCAGCCCUGCACAUAGUUCCUCUUCUAGAACCUCUCAGCCCCCACCUGUAGCAAGACAGGAUGACCUCCCUAAACAGGUAGCCCAGUCUUCUCCCAGAAGGGGUGUAGGUCUCAGCAAGAAGCAAUCCAUCUCUUGCACUAACUCGCCUGUUAAAGGACUCCAAAGCAACAACAGUCCCAUUAAGAAAACUGCUUCUGCUCUUAGACCUCAAACACCCCCAUCAACAGGAAAAGGGAAACUUCUACCCCCUGUCACCUCUGGAGGGCGUCGUCCACCACAAUCAUCUCCUCAUAACUCUAACAACCAUUCUGCCCGCCCCCCUCGGCUCUCACAGGCUUCCCAAUCUGCUAUGCGAGGCCAGCCUAAAAAAGUCUCUCACCUGGAAUCCCAGGAGGCCUUAGAGGAGGGGCUUGGGUUAGGCUUCCAGAUGCUGCCACCUUUGGACGCCCAGAAGGAACAGGACCUCUAUCGUAGCUUUGAGGCUGAGUUUCUGGCCAAUACCCAGCAGGUUAGAGAGAAUUUUACUGGUAAGGUUGUAGGAAGAGAAAGCCUACAGGCACUCACUGAGCCUGCUGUGUCUGAUUCUGCUUCCUCUUCCUCUAACUCCUCCACCUCUUCCCUUAAUGUGGGUUUAAAGGUCAGGACUCUACCUGACCUCAAGGAAUCCAAGAGGACUAACCCUCGGCAUUUCCCACCGGAGGACCCUUUAAAUAUACUUUAUGGACCAACAGUCGGAGAACCAGGUGGUUUGAGUCAUGCAGAGCAUGAACACUGGGCGGAGCACAAAGGGGGUCUCAAGAAGCUCCCAGCAAUUGGUAGCUCAGUAAAGGAAAGGGAAGCUCCUUCUAGUGUGCCUGACCUUAGGGUGACUGGUUCUGAUGAGCUAAUGAAUCACAUCCCAUCUCAGCCUGCAAUGGAUAGCAGAAAUAUGAAUGGAGAACAUGGGUGUUUUCCAACAGGUGGGCUCUCAAGUCAACCUCCUGCUCUUGGUUUGGGCUCCAUGACAGAGCAUGAUCUUCCCCUAGAAAAUCACCAGCCAAAUCUACCUUAUGACCUUGAAAAUUAUGACAGUAGUGACAACCUGCCACCUUUAGGGGGUCGUCGAGGCUCUGUACCCCUUGCCCCCUCUGAGGAUUGCUCCUUCCAGGAUUCUUCAAGUGAAAACUCCUCUAUGUCCUUCAGUUUGAGUGAAUCCCGCUCGGGGUCUCCUUCGCCAUCAUUAAAGAUAACUAACGGGGAGAACGGGCAAAGCCAUGAAGUCCUUAUCUCUGAGCACAAACUAGGUGUAAAGUCAAGGCCUCCAGCUGACAAUAGGCUGCAGAAGACCACCUCACGAAUCCCUACACCUGUCAGACACAAAAACAUUCACACUAAUAAAACUCUUUCACCCUGCAACACACCACCAAUGUCUCGUAAGAGUUCCAACCCUGCUUCAUGCAAGAACUUCUCAGAAAUGAUCCAUCCUCCAACUCACCCCUCAUCCAUAGGCAACAAAGACUGCUCCUACCCUGCACAGGGGAGCCUAGACACUGAAGCUAUAGCACAAAACUGAUUGUUGCAGCAGACUGUUUAACUACCGUUUAGUAACAAAGCUAAGCUUGGGCUAGAAAUAGUUGUCUUUCCAUAUUUAACGAAAAUGUUCAUUCAUCUUUUCCUAAAGAUGCACCAAUAAGAUAUGUGUGUUCCAAUGAGCUUUGGAUUUUGUAAAAACUUUGAUUUGGUCAUUGAAAGCAAGGAGUUCUAUACUGUCUUUAGUAUCUUAGACAGAAAACAUCUAACACUAAGCCACUUUGCUGCUGUCUGGGUAACCUCCCUGGUAUCCCGUCUUGAUUAGUUUUGGUUUCCCUCAUUUUGCUUAAACAUCCUAAAGGCAGGUUAAGUUUAACAUCCAGUUGCAGGUUUUGUUUUGUACUUUUUGAUCUAAAGUGUUGCAGUUUAGCCAAACUUUUAAUUUUUUGUUUUGUUUUUUAGCUCUCAGUAGCAGGUCAAGCUAAAAACAUUAUUAAUGUCACCAACCUAUUAGUUGGUGCAUCUCUAGCAUUUCCCUGUAUGGGUUUAUUUUGCAUUUUUUUAGCACUCAAGCCAAAUUUUUUAUCACCAAAGGAAUGAUUUUUAUUUUCAUUGAAACAUUGUUUGUAUUGGGUUGUUUUUGCCAAUCAAAUCGUCCCCCCCUACCAACAACAUACACUCUCACAGUUGAUAUCCAGAGAUAGGAAGAGCAUAUUUGCUGCCAUGUGCCUCAUCAUGGGGCAUGGUAAAGUGCCAGGUAUUUGAAGCUUCAUCUUUAUAAAACUACACUAAUACUAUGGUCAAAUGAACUGUUUUCUGUUGCAGUUCGCUUUGGUAGUUAGAUUACAGGUACUAAAACUGUGGGAUUCUUCUUGUUAGUAGUCUUGAUAUAGGAAACACACACUUUAAUUAUAGUACACAUAUAAUAUACACAUACUCAACAGUUUCCACUGACUUUGUGGUUCACUAUUACCAUAACUAAUUCCUGUACAGUCAUGGUAUUCAAGGUUAAUAUUAUUUAUUUAUGACUUUUUUUCUUAUCUGAUUAUUUUAAUGCAGCAUAUGUUUUUAAUUUAUACUUUUAAACGGAUUAAUUGUGAACAAUACAAAGAGCAUUGAGAUUUGUGAUACUUGCGUCAUUGUCACUGAAACUGAAAAACUUCUCUGACCAAAAGGCACUCCAGUGUUUGACAUAUUGGAGCAGCAGACAUCACGUGCUGACGAGAAUGAAUGUGUAAAUAUGUACUGGUUAGGUGUCUUUUGUAAAUAGGAGGCAUGGAAUAUACAGUUUAAAUGUACAUACUAACCUGUAAUAAGGCCUGUGCUGCCUUAGCUAUGCAAUUCAUGUAUGGUUUUGAAAGAAUGCCUUGACGACUCCCCUUGCCUUAAAUGUUUUGUUAUGUAUUGGUUUUUGAAUGUCAUUUGUUUUCUUGUUUUUGUUUUAUUUCUUGAAUUUGGGAACACUACAUGACCAUAAUUUAGUGUUAAUUGUAUCAUAAAUUGAAAAUGUUGAGUGUGAACGUUGAAAACUAAAGAACAUUGCCAGUUUUAUUUGUUCAAUUAGUUUGAUAAAGAGUUACAGCCCAUCAGAGCUAUAGUAAUGUAUUCCAUCCCAGUGUGAUGGAGGUUACACAACCAGGUGGUGACAUCUAGUGGCUAAAAUACAAAUUUUGCUGUAUUUCUUUCCUGAAUAUGUUUAUAUUGUUUUGUCCUGGUGCUGGGUAGAACCAGUAACAAUGGAAUGACCCAAAUAGAAAUGAGUGGAUGAAAUGGAUGAUCAAGACUGUAGCUUGAGUGUUUCCAAAGGGCUUAAAUAAUUCAUGCGGUAACUGGAGAGUAAGGUUGUUGGUUUUUUUUUCUUUUUUUAUUUCUGAAGCUGCUGUUACCAUCAGUACAGAGGACCUGACUAGUCGCAGACAAUGGCCAUACUGGUUUAUGUAAUAAAUUUGUGCAUAACUUGUUAAAUGAACUUGAAAGUUGAAAGGUUUUUGCUGGAACUUCAAAAACAUCACGUAAUUUGGGGGUUUAGUGUGAUUACUGUGGAUUAUAUGCAUGUUUUUGCAGCACACUGUAAGUUAAUGGGGUGAAAAGAAAGUGUAGAGGUUGAGUGUGUAUGUAUGUACAUAUGGUAUGGUGAUAUGUAUAGAGUUGGAGUAGAGAAGGAAAGGGUUUUGAUCUAAUUUAUUUAUUUAUGGGAUCAGCUCUCAGUGGGCUCAAAUUCCUUCUAUGUCUGGAGGACUGUUGACAAAAACAUGAUGUAGGGAAUCCAGCAAUGUGAGGAUUUUGAUAAAAUAUAGCCACCUUAAAAGGGGUUGUAACUACCCUUUAGACAAGUAUACAUAUUUGGCCUACUUUCUAACAUUUAAGGAUGCUCAUAGCCUCAGAUAAAUUAUUCUAUCAGUCUUGGAGCCAUGGGUUUUACUUGUAUAAACUCUUUAUAACUAACAUUUGAAUUUAAUUUAAAUUUUGUUUUGGUGCAUUCAAAUAAUAAUGUACUGGUAGUUUAAAUCUGCCAGCUUUGUAAACUGUGACAUCAAGAAAACAUGGGAAAAUAUUUUGUUGACAGUCAUAAAAUUAAAUAUUUAAGUAAAAAAAAGCUUGCUUUUUUGUGCACAUUUUGAAAUGUCAUGAGUUUCUCACUCAUCUUUAAUCUAAAUCAGUGAAAUCUGAAUGUUUGUGAUGUGAUGCCAUUUUACCAAAAAAAAUGUAUGGUUCGCUUGAUACCGUGUACUAUGUAAGUAUACUGGAGCGAUACUGAAAAAAGUGUUUUUAAUUCUUAAAAUGCUUUUAAGUUGUUCUUGUAAUAAAGAUUUUUCUUUUCAAACUGUUUUGCCUGUGUUGUCACAUGUUGGAGACUAUUUUAUAUACAGAAAAAAUAUUCUCUAGCUUUAAAAGGCUUUUUUUUGCAGUAUUU